CGACAGGGCGGUAAACAGGCAGCCGCUUUUCUCUAGCUAAUACAUUUAGAAGUUUCCCAAUCGCUCACAACUCGCUCUUAUAUGCCAUGUUUCAAGACCUACCUACCUAGGCUUAUUGAUCUAAAGUAGCGCUUGUUAGGGAAUUAUUAUUUACUAGGUACUUACGGUAUGGCUUCUCAAACGGUGACGGAAGCGUACUUCGAUCACUCUGCCGCCAAACGAGUGAACACGGAUACUGUCAUCGUCAAGACAUUGCGGCAAGAAUACCCGAAUCUUGAGCUAGUGAUAGCGCCGGAAAUCUCCAGCAACUUACUUGCUUACGCGUCUGCCGGACAUGCAAGUUUUACCGUCAUUGAAGAUGGUGGCGAUCUUCCAUCGGUGGUGAGCUGGAAAAUGUACAUCCCAUCGGCAAGGCGCAUGGAUGGUGAGAAUGGUGUAUUGGCAGACCAAAUUGUAUUUGGCAAGUUCUUGUACAAAUGGAAUGAUUCCGAGUUCAUCGUUUAUCGGAUUGAAGGUCGGGAUGGAUCUGGUGCUUACCCGUCGGUAAACAACUACUACAUCCUCUCCACCGAUAUUCACAAAGCCAAUUCUCUGUGUGCUGCCGUCGGUAAAUGGAGCAGUGAACUUCAUGGCGAAAUUUGGGUCUUCGAUGGAGGAUACUGGCAGAAAAAUGCUGCUCUGUACCAGAGUGUCAUGGGCUCGUCUUGGGACUCGGUGAUAUUAGAUGAGGAUAUGAAGAAAGCCAUCAUCAACGACCAUUUGUCUUUCUUCAAUUCACAAGAAACGUAUAAAAGUCUGAAGGUCCCAUGGAAGAGAGGUAUCAUCUAUUAUGGACCUCCCGGAAAUGGAAAGACGAUCUCCAUCAAGGCCAUGAUGCACACACUCUACAGCCGGAAAGAUCCUAUUCCGACUCUAUACGUUCGUUCGCUAACGUCCUUUAAUGGCCCAGAAUUUUCAAUCAAACAGAUCUUUAUCAAGGCAAGGCAAUUCGCUCCUUGCUAUUUGGUAUUUGAAGACCUCGAUACCAUCGUGUCUGAUAACGUGCGAAGCUACUUCCUAAAUGAGGUGGAUGGAUUGAAGAGCAAUGACGGCAUCUUCAUGAUUGGCAGCACGAACCACCUCGAUCGUUUGGAUCCAGGGAUUUCUAAACGCCCAUCUCGAUUCGACCGGAAGUACCUCUUUCCUGACCCAGAUUUUGACCAGCGUAUAGCUUACUGCAAAUUCUGGCAGUCUAAACUUGCUAACAACAAGGAUAUCGAAUUCCCCGACGAGCUCUGCCGCGCUAUUGCUGGAAUCACGGAUAAGUUCAGUUUUGCUUACAUGCAAGAGGCCUUCGUAGCCGCAUUGCUAGCCAUUGCGAGGAAAGAGGAAGGAAUCGAUCCUAGUUACGAACACCCACUUACUGAGGAGAUGAACGACGGUUGGGUUGGAGUGCUUGGUGACGGUGAUGAUUUGGAUGGUCUUGUCUUAUGGAAAGAGAUCAAGAAGCAGGUUGCGAUUCUCCGGGAUAGCAUGGAAGAAGAGCAGUAACUUGCAUCAACAUUGUAACAUCAUUUCAUUCGUUGUACAUCGACUAGGUAGGUACUUUUGAGAUACUAGAUGCUCAUUCCGUCGCCUCCGAUCGCAAAUUGGGA